UUGCUUAUGUCAGUAUUAGCAAAAUGUGGUGAUUAUAUUUUAUUCAUGCAUGUAAGUAAAAGUUACAUUUCGUUAAAUUAAGAAAAAUGGAAACAUCUGGCGUCCCUGUGUGUGAUCCUACUUAUAUAGAACGUAAGCGAGAUGAACUUAAACGGUUCUUUGCAGAUGCGAAGUUACCUCAGCACGUCUCGAUAGACGAGGUUAUAGAAAAUGAACUUAAGCCACUUAUUGAAGGCAAAAUGGGUAAAGACAGGCCAUAUAUUGCUGCCUCUGCUUCAGGACCUGUUAAAUCUGAAUACGAGGUGAUGACAGGGCAACCAUUCACACAAGUAGAAGACUACACAGAACCUUUAACAGCUGAGAAAAUUAAAGGGUUGCUCAAAGAUAAUCCCAUUCUCGCAGAAAAAGCUAAGCAAAUACAGAUAGUAAUAAAUUCGGAAAAUUGUAACAAAGACAUAGAAGUACCAUUCAAUCAAAUAAAGACUUCAACGUACAUUGAUAUGAAAGCUGAAUUAGAUUCUGCAGAAGGGGAUAGUGAUAAGCUAAAUAGAAUAAAAUAUAAAAAUAUGCAAAUUUUGAUGAACGACGCUGUUGAUUGUAAGUAUAAAAGUAAAGUUGGAAACCCGGAACCAAUUCCAGAAGAACAGGAGAGUGAUGAAUCACCUGACGAUGAAGAGUUUGAGAGAAUUGAUAAAGCUGUUACGAAGUACACUAAUAAAUCUUAUGAAACUAGAUUUCAAGAAACAAAGAAUAUGCUGCAACAAAUGGCUGAUGACUUUGAAGAUCCUGAUAGCACACGAGAAAAUAAAGACAAAUGCAGUAAGAUGGCUAUAGGCGAACAUCCUAUAUUAAAAGAAGCUUCAUCCUGUUUGGUUUUACCGAGAAGACAAACUACUUUUGAAGAAGUUAAAGAAAGCUAUGCUAUUAACAAUGAUUUGAAUAUAUCUUUACAAAACAAUCCCAUACAAUUAAACCGUAACGAACAGUUUGAACAUAAAACUGUCAAUAGUAACCAUAAUACAAAUCUAGUAGUUCAAAAAGGUUUUCCUAAAAGUUUUGAGGUCAAGCUGAAGGAUACAGAAAAAGUUUUACAAGACAUCGAUUCUAUUCUGAGCAAUGACAAUGAUGAUAAUAAAGUAAACCAUAAUGAUAGCACUAUAUCAGAUGUAUUCGAAUCAGCUGAUGAGGAUGAAUUAUCUGAUGACAAUAUAAAAAAUGUUAAAGCAGUUCAGCAAAAUAAUAAAAUUAACUUUGAUGAAAAGAUGGAAACAACAUUGCAAAAUACUUUGCAAACUAUAUUCGAAGCAGAAAAUAAUGAAGAGAAAGUAAAUAAUGAGCUAGAAUUCAAAGAAAUGAAAGCUCUUGCUCGCAAUAUUGUGGAAGGAGCCGAAUCCUUAAAAACAUUUAUCAAAGAAGAUAUAACAAACAAAUUAAAUAGUAUGAAUGAAUUGCUGAAUGAUGUAAAUGAAGCUUUGGAAAAGUCUAGAAAGUCUAAUAUUGCUUAUAAAAAAAUUAAAGAACAAUCAGAUAUAUAUCAACAAUCUUUUAAAGACGGAGAGGUUAAAAAACGCGUUAAAGAAAUUGAAGAUAGUCAUACAGAUGAAUUACACCGAACUGUAGGGACUAAUGCUCAUGAAAAAGAAAACGUUACUCUUUUAGAAAUAGAUGGUACACAUGACGCUAUAACAAAACUAAAUGAUGAAAUAAAAUGUCACGAGAACAGAAUAAACCAAAGUAGAUCGAACUAUGAAGUAAGAAAUAAAGAAUGUAAAGAUUUUAUUAAAGAAGUCGAUGAUGUUUUAAUGAAGUCUCAGAAAAUUUUACAUCCUAAAGAUGUACCAAUUAAAAUAGACAGCGAACCAGUCGCUACUAAAGCCAAAGGUGAAACUGGUACCGUUUAUUCGGAAUCAUUGCAAGAAGGUGAUAAAAAGCGCAAAGAGUUAUGGGAUAUAGACAUCUCAUGUAAUGAUGACACAAGCAAGAAAUUAACUGACUUCAAACAACAAGAAUUUGAAAGAAACAAGAGAAUAGACAAUCUAUUAUACGACAUUAAGGAUAAAAUGAAAGAUAACAAUGAGGUAUUACGCUUAGCUAAUAAUUUACUAAGGCGCGAAGAAAAAAAGAAACUUUCAAAUUCUAAAAUACAAGACUUUAUUGAAACGGAUGAUAAAGCUAAAGGUGAUUAUGUGGAAAACAUCAAAAUUCAAGAUGAAAAUAAGAAAUCUGAUCAGGAAAAUAAAGAUAAAAUACAGAAGGAAGAAGCAGAGAAGAAAAAGCAAAGAGAGUUUCAGAUUAAAGUGGAGAAGGAAUUAGAAGAAAUGAACAGAGGACCACGAAUGACAAAAGAGUUUAUAAAGAAUCAUUGCAAACAACACAAGCUGUACUCCACGCCUUAUCUCAAUGACAUUUUGUAUUUGCAUUUUAAAGGAUUUUCGAAGAUUGAGAAUUUAGAGGAAUACACAGGUCUGAAAUGCAUAUUCCUGGAAAACAAUGGAAUACAAAGGAUAGAAGGACUGGAUACGUUAUCCGAACUCAAAUGCCUCUACCUACAUUAUAACGUGGUUCGAAAGAUAGAGAAUCUGAACGGUUGUCCUAAGUUAGACACUUUGAAUCUGGAUCAUAAUUUCGUGACAAAAAUUGAAAACCUGGACGUAGUACCCGAUCUACAUACGUUGAGUAUGGGACAUAACAUGCUGUCAAGUGUUGAUGACUUGGAACAGCUGAGGUAUUGCAGUAAUCUAUCUGUCGUGGAUUUGUCGUACAACCGCCUCGAGGACCCGCUCAUCGUCGACGUGUUGGCUGAUAUGGCCCUAUUAAAAGUUCUCGUGUUGACCGGCAACCCGGUGGUGCGCAAAAUCCCGGCGUACCGCAAGACGCUGACGCUGCGGCUCAAGGAGCUGCUGAACCUCGACAACCGGCCCGUGUUCCCGCGCGACCGCGCCUGCGCCGAGGCGUGGCAGCGGGGCGGCGUGCAAGAGGAGAUCGCUGAGAGACGCCGUUGGAUAGAAAGAGAUCAAGAGAAAGUGAUGCAGAGCGUGCGGUACCUCAUCAAGAUGAGAGACGAGAACCGUGCCAAGAGGGAGGCUCGCGAGCAAGCGGAGAUCGAGAAGUUGGGUCUUCCGCCUGUUGUCAUUAAGACUGAAGAGACUGAGACUACUGAAACGCAAGAAGAGAAGACAGCAGAAGCAGACACAGUAGAGAUUAAACAAGGCGUCACAGAAGCCAUGCUGUCGGAGUCCGAGGGUGCUGACACCACCAGCGGCAGUUCCAGUGACUCUGACAGCGAUGGACAAGACGAUGGUACUCAUAUGGUUGAUCUAUUUCAGGAAGAAAGUAGUAAAGCUUUUUCGUUGAUUCUUUUUCUUCUUAGUUCGAUUCCUGUGUCAGGCUACGAGAUACUGAGUUCAUAUCUCUUUCGCCAAGUCUUCACAAUAUAUCUGUUGAUAGACGGAGAAACUUCAAAAAUAGAGUGGUCCAAAGUAAACAGCGGCAAGAGACUGGUACAAGAGAUGAAAGAAGAAGAGACGUAUGAAGAGACGAACCAGUGGAGCGGGUUCACGAGCGGGUCAACUGGAGUUUCUGAUACAAAAGUUAUUUCUGAAUUGACUGCAAUCAACGAUUUGUUAUUCAACCAAGCACCGCAUAAAAAUAAAAAGGAAAUAAAGGAAACGCCGCAAAUAAAGGAAGAGGGUAACAACAACAGUUCAAGUGAUGACACAAAAUCCCGUGACGCUAAUGUAGAUUCUCUUACUUCACACGAAGCCAAGCGUAAACCUCUUAUAGAAAUUAUUGAAGAAUACAUUAACAAAUCACCAUCCCAUGAUCAUGUUGCACCGGAUAAUAAAGACAAUGAAAUAAAUAGAGGUUUAACCGAAGAUGGUAAUCUAAUAAUAGAUUGCAAUAAUAAACUAGCUUAUGAAAAAGAGAGGAUUGAUGCAUUGAAAGAUACACCACAGACUAUAAAGUUUAAUAAUGAUUGUAGUAAUAAAAGGUUAAUAAAACGCGUAACUACAAAACAAAGAAAACUGAAAGACAAUGAUAGUACAGAAAAUAACAAUACCAACAGCGAGACUAGUGAUAAAGACAAAGCUAAGACUGAAGCGGAUGAAAAAGAAGAAAAUAAACCAAGCACAAGUUCUCAAUCGAUUGCGCAAAGUUCAACAUCAAGAGGCGACGGUGAUGGAGUCGCUCUCAUCAACUACAUGGCUCGUAUGAAGUCAGCGAAAAUAUACGACGAAGAUGAUCCGGAUCUGCAGCCGAGUGCUGAGGACCUGGAGAUCUUUGCAGAACUGGAAAAAGAGGAGUUGGAAAAAGAAGCCAGGAUCGCCAGAGGGGAACCAGCUAUUGAUCCUAUGAAACUUUACGAUGCAAAGACGAUGGAAGCAUACUACAAGGCCCAGGAACCGGAACAAGCCCAUUCACUCAAAGAAAGAAAUUAUGUGACCACGUACAAAACUGACAAUGCGUUCGACCGAGCAGCUCUGAGUCAACUCACUGCAGGAGAGAAGCCUGAUGAGAAGAAAGUGAAGCUGACUCACGUGUCAGGAGCCGUUCAGUUGCAGUAUGUCAACGACCAGACGCCGACUGAGGUCAAUUACGAAAUUGGAGAUGAAAAUAUUGAGCCUGCUCCUUCAUCUCCGGAAACGGAUUCUGUAAACAUUUCAAGCGACUCUGAUUCGAGUAGCUCUGAAUCUGAGCUAGAAGCUCCAAAACAAAGUACACGGCUUACCAGAGCCAGACCUGCUACAGCUAGAGCGAAAGAUAAGACAGAGUUAAAGAACAAAGAAUCUUCGGCUGGCGGUUAUAUUGAGGAACGCAAGCAGAUAAAUUCCACUAAAAGUGAAGGUAAAAUAAAUUUAUCUUUUAAUAUCUUAGACACUAGAUGUGAACUUCGUUUUGGGCAGGUUAUUUUUAAACAAUCAAGUUUAGGUACAUACAAUAUUACAACGAUAAAUGAGAUCGGGUAUAGUAAAUGCAACUUUACCUUGGUUAAACAGAAAACAGUAAGCUCCUCUAACAAAGAAACCGCAGCAAACUGUGCAAGCAAUGUGUGUUGCUCCUCCACUCAACUGAUGAGCGCUGUGGAUCGCUCCGAUGUUAAGCAGUGUAUCAUAGACACUAUUAAUUCUUACGACGACAAACGAUUUCCUUCCCAAGGUAUCAACUACUCAAAUAUGGAUGAAAACGCACGCGUAGAAGACUCCGUAGCCACUGAGAUACUAAACAAAACAAUUCAGUAUGAAGAGCAAGAGCUGUACAGACAGAUGGACGUGGUGACGUCGCAUGCGAGUCGAGUCGACAAUCAGACUAAUUCGAUCAUAGAACAGAUCUCUGAUGAGCUAGAACAUGAGUGUUCGUUGCCCGAAGUAUCCCGUAUACUAGAAGCUCACGUCGAAAACGUGGAAAACCGAAUGAGGUCAAAACUGUACGAAAAUUACGUACCUUCUCCCGACGAUUCUGACGAUAACGAACCAACAUUGGUGCCCAGUCAUGAGAACUCUACUCUAGAAGAUACGUUCACAGAAGAUUGUGGUGUACAAAGAGUGAUUGGUGCAUCUGCCAACGAUUCUGGUUACUGUAACGAUUAUAUUGACAUCGAGAAAGCUGUUUUCGACGAUGAUAAACUAUCGAAAGACAUAAAUAACGUAAACAAAACAUCUAACGAUAAAAAUAGAAAUAAAAAUGAAGAUCAGACUAAUGACUAUAAACUGAAAGUUAGCAAUGAUAAAUCUAACUUAGAUAAUAUGACUAAACACAAUGAAAGUGUUAAAACAGAGACUCACGCAGAUGUAUUAGUUGAGGAUGAAAUCUUCGAAGAUUGCGUUGACGACAUAGGUUCCGAAGACACCGCAAUUGUAAAAGAUGAAACAUUGAAUCGCGUUGAUGAGAAUUACACUUUGGAAAUGAAGUUAGCGUUAGGAAUGCAGUAGAUGCAAUAAAUGUGUAAAGUUGGCUUUGUGGAUCGUAGAUUAUGCACAAU